GUCGCGCGCUCGUCCAGAAGGGUCACAACGUCACCUUCCUCAGCGCCUUCCCGCCCGCCCGGGACUCGCCCGAGGAGCCCGGCUUCGAGGAGAUCACCCCGCUCGGCCUUGUCCUCUACGUGCGCAACUACACCGACUGGGACCUGGUGGGCGCGCGCUUCCGCGGCGAGGAGCCCGUGCCGUGGGACCAGGCCCUGGCCUACACGUACGAGACGUGCGACCACAUGCUGUCGGACCCCGAGACGCAGCACUUCCUGCACUCUGGCCGCCACUUCGACCUGCUCAUUCUGGAUGGCGCGUACCCCGAGUGUGCCGUGGGCCUGGCACACCACUUCAACGCCCCCUUCAUGUACAUCAACACGGUGGGCUUCCACCUGGCGUCCGUGUCCACCUCCGGCUCGCCCGUGCCGUACGCCACCACCCCCUUUCUCAGCCGCGGCUUCACCGACAAGAUGACCCUCCUGCAGCGCGCGGAGAACACCUUCUUCCACACGCUCUUCUGGGGCAUCAAUAACUGGCUGAUGUCGCCGUUGGUCCAGAACGUCCUCAACAAGCACUUCCCCACCAUGCCACCCGUCGGCAAGCUCACCAAGAACGUCAGCUUCAUCCUGCAAAACGCCCAUCACACCGUCAGCUACCCGCGGCCCUACCUGCCCAACGUCGCCGAGAUCGCGUGCAUCCACUGUCGGGAGGCCAGGCCACUGCCCAAGGCGUUGGACGACUUUGUCCGCGGCGGCAAGGGCAACGGCUUCAUCUUCGUGUCGAUGGGCUCCUCGGUGCGCGCCACCAACAUGCCCGAGCUGCUGCGACUCCUCUUCCUGCGCGUGUUCGCCCAGCUGCCCUACCAGGUCCUCUGGAAGUGGGAGUUCGGCUCCGAGAGCAUGCCCGACCUGCCGCCCAACGUGCGCCUGGAACGCUGGCUGCCCCAGCAGGACCUGCUCG